CAAUGGAACUUAAGCAUCAGCAACUAGUAACGAAUCAUUUUCUUUGAGUAGAGAAGAGUCACGUCGAGCAGGGCAGAGCGAAAAGACAGCAAGGUAUGUGUUUCUUGGCUGGUCACGUAAUUAGAAACGCGCAGUUCUUUCUUUUGAUUCUCGGAUUUUUUUGAACUUAGCGAUAAAUAAACGCGGUAUAAUCAUGUCGUGGGAGAGCAUAUCUUCAAAGGAUCUUCUCAGUAUACCACAUAGCCAUAAUUUAUCAGCAACACAUUUGCUUGCAUCGCCGGAUGGUUCACGUUACUUAUUGGAUAAUUCUAAUGAUCUGAGUCAAUUAGAUGAAAGCUAUUCACGACUAGCUGGUUGUGGGUCCAGCCCCGAUGGCACAUCGCUUUGGGCGCGGCAUGGAAUAUCUGCCUCUCACAAUUCACUUAUUAAUUGUUUUUUAGUUUGUCAACGUAGAUUAAAACAGUAUAUGGCACGACGAAAAAUUGAACGAGGUUUGCGCCUUUACGAACAACAUAAUCAAAAUGCUGCGGUACGCAUUUGGCGAAGCGCUUUGAAAGCGACUGAUCGCCGAGAAGACUGUUUUCAAUUACUUGGUUAUCUUUAUCAGGCCCAUAUGGAUUGGGGUAAAUAUCGUGAAGCGAUAGAAUUUGGACAUCGACAGUUAGGAAUAUCUGAAGAGUUGGAUUCACCUACAAUGCGUGCGGAAACUUAUCUAAAUUUGGCGAGAGCCCACGAGCGCCUCGGCGGUCUGGAACGUGCUCUCAGCUAUGCACGCCAUUCUCUGUAUAACGAAUGUGGGACCCAAUGUCGAACUGGAGGGCUUGUGCAUUUGACAGUGGCGCGCGUUUACUUGGAGAUGGGAGGAUUUUCGCGUGCACUUGAAGGUUUGCAAGGGGCUCAUAAGAUAGCCACUUCCAUAGGUGAUCCAUCGCUCGAGUUGCAGGUGUAUGUGACGCUGUCUGAGCUGUUCGGUCGUCUGCAGGAUAAUGAUAAGAGCGCAACCUAUGCAUCUAAAGCUUAUGAUUUAUCGCGUUCAUUACAGCUGGGCGAUCUCAAUUCGUCACAUCAUCGCGCUGCAUUGUUGCGGAUGGCAGCUGCUCUCCGUAAACAAGGCGAUCUGGGUGACGCGCAUGACUAUUGUAUGGAAGCCACUCGCCUUGCGUUGAUUUCUGGGGACCAAGCAACAUAUACGCGCAGCUUACGAAUAAUGGGUGAUAUAUAUCGCAAGAAAGUGGACAUGGAUUUGACCUUCAAGCGCGCUUUUCGACAAUAUGAACAAGCUAUGGGAACUUCAGCUGCACUAGGCGAUCGCAUGGCACAAAUGGAAGCAAUGGAUGGGGCUGCGCGCUGUUUAGAAUCAUUGCGGAUACAGCAAAAAAUUUGUAAUUGUCGGCCACUUGAAUUUAAUACGCGUUUGCUUGAGGUCGCAAGCUCCAUUGGCUCCAAGCUUUUGGUGCGUAGAAUACGGAGUCGUCUUGCUCUUAUCUAUCGUGCUUUAGGCGAUGAAGAACAGUACAGUACACAUUUGCGGCUGGCGGGUCAAACAGAUGCAGCGCUUGGGUUGUUUUGUGGUGCAUGCGGUGACACUUUUGGCUUAGAGCCGAGCUCAAUAGAAGCACUACCAUGUGCUCAUAUCUUACAUGCACGUUGCGCUCAUGAUCUUUUGCGACGGCGAGAAAAGGGCCCCUCACGUGCUUGUCCUGCAUGUAAUAAAUUAUUGAGCUCACGACUUCAUCUUUGUGGUAAUGAAAGCAGUUGUGGACCUGGUAAUGACAGCGGGCCCACCAACACCUUAAAUACCAAUGACGCUGCUUCUGACGGUCUACUGGCAAUCGAUACGGUUGAUAUUAUGGCGCCACUUUGUACAGCGAAUGGUAGAGUCAUACGUAAUUCCAAUGAAAAGACGAUCAUCUGUAACGGCUUGACCAGUGCUGCGACAAAUGUUGACAGCACCUCUUUGCUAUUGACCACAACUUCAUCACCAAAACCGUUGUACCGGAGUAAUUUAUCCUUGGCAUCCCUGAGUUUGCGUGCUUCUAGUUUAACUAUAGAUAGCGCUCGAAAUGCCACGUCGUCGGUUUAGAAAUGAUUGAACAUAUUUAAAAAUCAACAAACAUAUUGUAAAAGAAAUGGCUAAAUAUACCAUAACAUAAGUAUCCGUGCUCAUAGGCACCUAAGUUGCAUGGAGGUCUUUUAAAAAUUGCAGUCAAUGUUAUUAAAAAGGGAUCCAUAUUCAAAAAGUUGAAAAUUCGUGCGAAAUGUAAUUCAAAACAAUGUACCUACUAGUAGUCAUAGAAAAAAGAAUGUUGUAAUGAAACAUUAAUGCGCGGAACACAAUGCUCGCGGCAGACUGCAGCAGCACGACAGUGUACUGAAAAUG